AUGUAUCCACCCAAACUAUCUACAGAAGCACUUGAUAAAGUAUUGCUGUCAGCAAUCGAUUGGGCUUUAGCUCACGGUCUCGUUAUACGGCCAUCUUUGGAGAAGACAGUGCAUAAAAAUAACGCGGCCGUCAUACACGCUCCCUUCACCCUAUAUCCUACCCCUUUCCCUCGUAAAGAGUUUGAAAAGGCAAAGGCUUUACAACAGCCUUGGAAUACAUUAAUUCAUAAGUUGAGCCAAGAUGAUAACUUGAUACAUGAUACAAUGGCCAAUCUUGCCGAUCUCGAUGAGUUUACUCAUCAUCUUUAUGAUAUUUACAAGACUGUAAAGUCAGAAGGGAUUACACAGCCUGCUAGUCUUGGAAUUCACCGCAAUGAUUAUUUAUUACAUGCCGACCCAGGCGCUGAUGCAUCAACAGCACGAAUUCAACAAGUUGAAUUUAAUACCAUCUCAUCUAGCUUUAUGAGUCUUAGCACCAGAACAAGUCAGCUUCAUCGUUUCCUAUUAUCCACUGUAAAGGCAUAUGCAGGAAAUGCAAUCAAAAUGGACCAAUUACCUGAAAAUAAUGCUGUCGAAUAUAUUGCCGAUGGAUUGGCCAGUGCAUGGAAGCAUUAUGGAAACCCAAGCGCGCGUAUUGUGAUGGUUGUGCAACCAGGAGAACGAAAUGCAUUUGAUCAACGAUGGAUUGAAUAUAUAUUACAAGAAAAACAUGGCAUUUCCCUAAUGCGUCUAACCCUUGAGGAUAUUUAUUCUAGAGCAACGCUUUCUCCUAAAAAUAAGGGACUGGUUAUUGAUGAUUAUGAAGUAGCUGUAACUUAUUUCCGUGCUGGCUAUGGCCCUGAAGAUUACCCCACACAAAAGCAAUGGGAUGCAAGACUAUUGAUAGAAAGAUCAUUAUCUAUCAAGUGUCCAACCAUAGCAUAUCAACUAGUUGGUUCUAAAAAGAUACAGCAGAUAUUAUCUACUCCUGGUUGUCUAGAACGAUAUGUUACAAAAGAAACGGCAGACGACAUGCGUACAUCCUUUGCAGGUUUAUAUCCUUUGGAUGAUAGCCCUGAAGGUAUUGCUGCUUAUGAGAUGGCAUUAAAGAGAUAUGAUGAUCUUGUGAUGAAGCCUCAAAGAGAAGGAGGUGGUAAUAACAUUUAUGGUCAAGAUAUUCGCGAAACCUUAAAAAAGUUGACCUCAAAGGAAAGGAGCGCGUACAUCUUGAUGGACCUGAUCCGCAGCCCAUCUCUUGAGAACUUGAUGAUACGUGAAGGAGAAGUGAUUGAUGGUGAAGUUAUCAGUGAGCUGGGUAUCUAUGGUAUUUAUUUACAUGAUGGUCAACAAGAAAUUGUCAACUAUCCCGGUGGCCACUUAUUACGUACCAAAGCCAUCACGACAAAAGAAGGUGGUGUGGCAGCUGGUUUUGCUGUCAUUGAUAGUCCGCUGUUAGUAGAAGAAGAUGACAAGCCCGAAUUAGGAAAAUUGGAAUAG